UGCAUAUUUCCUGAAUGAUAUCCGCUUCCUUGUGGAGAAGUCGGCACAACUGUGUGUUUAUGCUCUGAACGCUCUGCAGUUCAGCAUCGAGCUAUAGCAGCACGAUGUCCAAUGCACCGAGACCCACGAAACCCCCACCACCUGUUCCAAAGCCUGGGAAUGUGAAAGUGGUCAGGGCUCUCUACCCAUAUGAAGCACAACAGCCAGAUGAGCUGACAUUUGAGGAAGGGGAGAUGCUCUACAUUCUUGACAUGAGUGACAAAGAUUGGUGGAAGGCAAAAUGUGGAGCUAGAAGUGGACUUAUUCCUAGCAACUAUGUGGAGGAGAACACCGAGUCAGUUGACAAUCCUUUGCAUGAUGCUGCUAAGCGAGGAAACAUGGACUUCAUGAAGGAGUGUAUUAGAAACAGAGUUUCAGUGAAUGGCUUGGACAAAGCUGGCUCUACUCCUUUGCACUGGGCAGCUCAUGGUGGUCACAUUGCUUGUCUUGAGACUCUGCUAAAGGAACCCAAGUGUGAAGUCAAUGUGCAGAACAAGCUUGGUGACACACCCCUGCAUUCUGCUGCCUGGAAAAACCAUGCAUCCGCUGUGCAACUUUUGUUAGAAAAAGGUGCAAGAGUGGACAUAAGAAAUAAUGAGAACAAGUUGGCUGUGGAUCUCACCAAGGAUCCAGAGGUCGCAGCAUUGCUACGAGAAGCUGCUGGUGUGCGAGCAUCACGCUACUGCAAUGACUAUGGGGAAGAAGAUGAAGAAGGAUCUGAUUGAACCACAUUGUGUUAUAUUCCACCUCUAAAUCUCAUAUGUUUCACAAUUCACUCUCUCUUCAGUAUGACAUUUCAUUUCUUGGAUACCUGUGCCUUAAACCAAAGCUUUACCUUGUUGGUAAAUGUGUACAAAUUGAUGUGAUCAGGAGGCUCCAGAUGAAAUUUCCUUUACGAAAGAGCCAUGGAAAAAUUCAUUUAAUCACUGGGUUUUACUUUUAAUAUAUUUCAUUAAUCUUGCAACAGUGGUGUAUUUGCCAGAUGUUUAGCGACAAAAAAAUCAACCUGAUUAAUAUACAUUCUUAUUUCCUGUUUUACUUAAACACCUGUUUAUCCUUUUUCUGUUCCUCUCUGUACCUCAUUGUGCAUGUACACAUACAUCAUUCAGUUCAAAUACAAAUUCUAGAAAUGUAAAGAAGGCAAAAAUGAAUGCUGAUCUCAGCAAGGUCCAAAAUGUCUGACGGUCUCCGUCAUAAGCAUUGCACUUUCAUAUUGUGCACAGAUAGCAAUGUUGGUCAUGAUAAUGGUAGGCACAUGGACAUCGACAUUUUCUCACUGUGAUUUAUCCUUAGUUGCUGAUGUGGCAUUGAGUACUGACAGCCAUUUUGUCAGCUCUUUGAUAAUGCUUAUAAUGUCAGCUGUUUCUGCUCAGGGUAACCAUACUUCACACAUGGUUUCAAGCUAAACCAGUAUAUUGUUUUAAAUAGGAUUUGGGGCUGAAUUUGAUAUAUGCAGAUUGUGUAAUAAAGAGUAGCACAGAGUCUCUUGAAAUAUAAAAAUGACACCAACUAAAUUCCUUAUUGCUUAGACAACAGAGUGCAAACUAUCAUUCGUGAAAUAUGUAAAUAUCUGGUGCCAGUGGCUUUCAGAGAGAAUACUGAAUAAAAGUUAAGAUUGUAUGGUUAAUGAACAAGAAACAUUUUUGAGAUGUUUAGUAUUUGUAAGUAGCUUGCAAAUUUUAUUUGCUAGUUUUAGCAAAAUGCUAGGAUACCAACACAGGAACACAAACAUUAAAUUUGGUAAGAAAGUUAGUUUGUCAUGAGUUUGAGAGAUUCAGCUGGGACCACAAGUACAAAUGAUGGAAGUUUUUGUUUUAGGAAGCCAUUCUAAGAACUGUCUGGUACCAUUGGUACUCUUUGGGACCAUGUUUGUAUUGACUUGCUCACUUGAUUUCAUGUGAUCUGUCUGGGGCUUGCUUUGAGUUAAAAAUAUUAUCUAUCGCAGUCUGGUUUUGCUAUUUAAAAUUUUCUCAAUAACCGUCAGGUACUUAGAAAUGCAGAAAUAGCUUUGCAUGAGAGUAUGAAGUACAAGUAUAAGAAUAGAGUUACAAACUCAUUAGAAAUAUUUGGGACAAUUAUCUGUAACAGUCAUGACAAUAAGUUUCUACACAAGUUUUUGUAGUGAAGUACUCUAAAGUGUGUGUGUGGUCUCCUGAGGUAAAGUUACAAAUUGUGGCCACGUUUAGCAAUAACAAAGUCGUCACAAUCAUGUGGAAUCAAUCAAAUGAUAAAUUUCAUUUCCAAGAAGAGCAUUUUUCUUAACCUUUCCCAUGCAGCAUGUUUUUAAAAGACUCGGAUUGGAUGAGAAGAAACAUUAUAUUCAGAGAAAAAGAAGCUUUGAGUAAAGUAAUUUUGGUAAAAAAAAAUAAAAAAAAAAAAAAAAAUUUCAUGGUCUGGGUAACUAGCACUUGAUAGAAGUUUUUUAAUUUUCUUAGCAGCAUUUGUUAGAACUUUACAUCCAGGUAGAUCUGAAUUUUGUUUUUUAACUGUCAAAAUACAAAUUUCUUACACAUUGUCUUUGAAGCUGUUUAUUCACUUUUGCAGAGAAUGCUUCCCUUAUUUCUUACCCAUGCGUAUGGAACUUGCUUUUUCUUAUAUGAAUAUAAUACUUUCAUCAUAUUUUGAAUUCCUUCUUUCAUUAGAAUUAUGUAAACUGUUCUAAUUCCAUGUAAUAUGCAAUGACCCCCAAAUAUGUAGAGUAAUAAUAACAAUAAUGUUCUGGUUGUAGUGGUGUGCACCAAGAGCUGCAACUCUUAUGGGUAUAUUCCAUUCCUUUGGCUUCUUGACAAGACUUGACAGCAAAAUUUGACAAUAUGGAUUUUUAGAGCUUUGUGCUAUAUGUGUUAGCUAAUUGAAAAUACUCCUUUCAAUCGUUCUGGGAAAUUGAGGCUGGCGGUGAUGUGCUGCCAUUGGAAGUAUAGAAGCAGGCUAAAAAUAUGGACAUCUCUUUGAGCAGGACCUGCUGACGCCAUUACAAAGUAAAAAAAAACAAACAAAUGAACAAAAAUUAAACUUCUCUAAAGAAAUUUUAGCAAAUGUUGACAAAGAUGAAAAAUUUAAAUUUAUCAAAAUUAGACAAUUAUGUCAAGAACAUAAAGGAAAUGAAAUUCUGUUCCUUUGUAUAUAAAAUUGCAAUAAGAUUGUAGUCAAUUCAGCAUUUUCAAAAUUAUAAGAACUAUUUUAACACUUUGUUUUUGUUGCAUGUCUGCAUAUGCACACACAGAGUAACUGAUAGGCCUUAUGUUUCUCUAUGCUGUGAUGAAAUUGCAAGAAACUCAAACCCUUGUUUUUGCCAACCGAUUGUUCAGUUUUCUUUGUUACUAUAUUAUUUGUCUUGUUGGAUCUUGAACAAUUUUAGAGAUUGUUGACGAAGUGAGCUUUGUAAUAAAUGAACAUAUAUCUGCAAAUACUAAGAAAAAUAUGUAAGAAACUGUUGAAAUUUUACUUAAUGUUAUUACUAAUUUGUUUUCUAGUCUCAUGUUCUCUUACAUCAUCAGUAUAUAAUAAAGCUGUGUUGACAUUCUCA